AUGUUGAAUGUAUUCAUUCGUUCAUCAUCAUCAGUGUUGAGAUCAACUGUGCUGAGAUCUAAUGCUUUAUACUCAAGUUUAAGAUGGACCAACAUCAGCAGCGCAAAGAUCACGACAACUCAUCAACAUGUUGCAAGUUAUACAACAACUACCUCGAAUACGAAUACGACACCACCAGUGUUGACAAAGUCAUCAUUAUACGAGAGAUUAUUGGAUAGGAAUAAGGCGUUGAUUGAUGGCAUCACAAGUGAGGAUAGAGUAAACUUAUCAAGAUUGAUCACUUUGGUUGAGUCUUCAAGAGAGGACCAUCAACAACAAGCAAGAUUGAUAGUAUCAAUCCUAUUACAACAAUCAAAGGAUCAUGAAGUCAAGAACGCUGGUAAACCAAAGUCAUUCAGAAUCGGCAUAUCAGGGCCACCAGGUGCAGGCAAGAGUACAUUCAUUGAGGCAUUUGGAACAUUCUUGACAUCGACACUAAAGACAAAGGUGGCCGUGUUGGCGAUUGAUCCAUCAUCGAUACGAACGGGUGGCAGUGUAUUAGGCGAUAAGACACGUAUGGUGGAGCUGUCGAAGGACCCCCUGGCAUAUGUGCGCCCAUCGUCCUCUCGUGGAACACUGGGAGGCAUCACCAAAUCCACGUCCGACACGAUUGUAUUGUGUGAGGCGGCCGGAUACGAGAUCAUCAUAGUGGAGACGGUGGGCGUCGGCCAGUCUGAAGUGGCCGUCGACGAGAUGGUCGAUGUGUUCAUGCUGCUGGUGCCACCCGCCAAUGGCGAUGAGCUGCAAGGUCUCAAGAAGGGCAUCGUCGAGCUGUCCGACAUUGUGGUGGUCAACAAGGCCGAUGGCGAGCUGCUGCCUCGCGCGCGAUUCACCGUGGCCGAGUACAUGAGUGCCUUUAAGAUGCAGCGACCCAAGUCAGAGUUCUGGCGACCAAAGGUGCUGUCGUGCUCGUCGCUCACUGGCACCAACAUCGACACGGUCUGGCAGACGAUCUGCGAUUUCAAGGAUGUCAUGACCAAGUCUGGCGAGCUGAGGUAUCGUCGUGCCGAUCAGAAGCAAACAUGGAUGUGGAGAUAUAUCGAAGAGGAGAUGAUGAAUAGAUUACACACCAACAAACAAGUGUCACAAAUCAUUCCAUUCAUUGAAUCACAAGUCAGAGAUGGAAAUAUUUCACCUGGAUUGGCUUCCAACACCAUCAUUGAGAAGUUCCUAUCAUCAGCAUCAUUGCCACCAUCAUCCACCAAAUAA